AUGUCAACACUAGUGGCCCUGGCUCUAUUUCUCAUAGUACUCGGCUAUGUUGUGGAGAAGUACACCGACGACCAUGAGGAGAUACCCAUUGUGACCGUCUGUCGGCUGCUACCCGACUUCCUCAACCGUCUCCUGUUCUUCAUGAAAGGGCCAUCUUUGAUCUACUAUGGAUACAAUAAGUAUAAGAACAAGCCCUUCCGGAUCCUCAAGGUCGAUGCAGAUAUGAUUGUCCUGCCAACCAAGUAUCUACCUGAAGUCCGAUACCUCCCUCAUACAAAGAUUAGCCUACUGGAUGCGCAGUUCAAUGUAAACCUGUUUCUCUCCCUGUUUCAGUCUGGACUGAUGUGUCGGCAGAGCGUUUGCGGCAACUAUACCAAUAUCCUCAACGAUAGCAACCUGCCCGCACAUACUGUCGCCAAAAAAAUGACGCCUUCUCUGCACCGAAUUGUUCCAAUGGUGAUUGAUGAUCUCCAACAAGCUUUCAAGAUGGAAGUUCCCGAAUGCACUGAUCGCUGGGUCUCCGUGAACCUAUAUUCCAUGAUCCUAAAACUUAGCAACCGGUCCACAUCACGCGUUAUCGUCGGCGAAACCCUCUGUCGCAGCGAAAAAUGGCUCAACAUCAUUCUGCUACGUCCUCUACCCCGGUUCCUCCGCCCAUUCGCCGCCAAACUCCUGCCUAGCUGGAUGAUGGAUACAGCCGACAACGAGUAUGACGAGAAGUUGGAAAAUAUCGCACAGGGACUGAUGAUUAUCAUGGCUUUGGCUGUGUUACACACUUCUACUAUACUCAUUACCCAAUGUAUCUACGAUCUUCUGGUUCGUCAGGAGUAUGUCGCGCCGCUGCGUCAUGAAAUUAUGGGCACGCUCAAGGGCGGAUGGUCGAAUGCGACCCAGGCUUGCUUUAAUGCUCAGUGUCUCCUAGACAGCUUCCUUCAUGAGCCCCAGCGUUUCCAUCCUACCAGUGAAGUGAACGUCCAACGCAUAACAAAAGAGUCGAUAACCUUCUCUGAUGGUCCGACCAUCCCCUCAAACACACAUAUCUGCUUCCCCUCGGGCUCUCUCUCCCGCGACCCGAUUAAUCUCCCCUACCCGAACCUCGACCCUUCGACCUUCGAUGGCUUUCGCUGGUGCCGUGACCCCUAUGCGCGGAACAACAAGCUCGUCAGAACAACUGCGGCGAAUCUGCACUUUGGCUACGGGCGCCAGGUCUGCCCCGACCGACACUUUGCCGCGAAUACUUCCAAGGCCAUUUUGAGUCGGCUACUUGUCGAGUACGAUAUGAAGUUCGAGGAGGGGAGCGAGGCCAGACGGCCGAUGGAUAUUCGGAAUGGGGAGCAGAUUAUGCCUAACUUCUAUGCGAAGGUUCUUAUUAGGAGGACGCGAGAUGAAAUUUGA